UUGUGGUUGUGUGCCACUCGAAAGGGAUCCGAGAAUCCAGCGUUUAAAUCUGAAUCAGCCUGAGGCUCAGGCCCCCUUAAAAUAGACCAGAUCAAAAGGGGCGAGCCUUUAAACUGGAAAUCAAAUCAAAUCGAAACGCCGUGCCAGUGAAUUAAUUGAAAUUAAAAAUUGUGGAGAUAAAACAAAAGAGAAAGUGUAAAUGGCGAUGACAAUGCCUAAAGAUCGAUCGUGAUAAUUGAAUUAGAUGAAAUCAAUUCAAGUGUAGUUUCUCAUUAAAUACAUGUUGCAAAAAUAAAUUCGAGUGCUGGCAAAAUAAACGAGUUUAAAUAAAAUCAGUGCAUCAAAUUGACAUUGCAGCAGCAGCAGGAGCGCCAAAGACAGAGAUUGAUAUUGUGGAAACAACACGAAUUUGACUUGUGCAGCUGAAGAACGAUUGAAAAGGGAAGGAAAUGAGCUCAGCAGCCACGAAACUGGUGCCCCAGGCUCCAAGUGGGCCUUUGCCUAGUAAUGGCGGGCGCCAAGUUUACGCUUUGCUCUUUGAAGCUUGAAAAUUCAACAGCGGCAACAACAAGAAUCCCGAGCAUAACUGCAACAGGAAGCAGAACAACAGCUGGCCAACAGUAAUAUGCGCUGGCAAAGGUAACCAAAAUUCGUAGAAGAAAAACGAACGUAAAUUGAAACGAAACGCAGAUCACAAAAGAAAAGCGAAGAGAGCUGAAAUUGAUACCGUAAUAGUCACUCAACCGUGAACAGCCCAGCUCCAUCAAGCCAUCGGCCAGCAUCACAGCAGUCACAGUCGAUAGUCGUCGACUGGCAGGGAGAUGCCGCUGACAAUGCGGCGGGCUUGGACCCAUAGACUGUUGCUGUUGCUUGUGUUGCUGCAGCUGUUGUUGUGGCCGGCACGUUGCGAACUGGCAACGGAAUCGAGUGUUGCACCGCAGCCGGCGAGAGCUCGAAUCAAAACGAAAGCGGAAAGCAUGGCAUCAAACGUUGGCGACAGCUUCAACAUACGCCAUGGUCGCUCUAGGGCCCACAUGCUGCACAGCAGCAGCCCCAACAGCAACAGCACACGCUUGACGCUGGUCAGUGAUGCUGCAGCUGGAACUGGGGCUUUUCCCUUGCCAUUGCCAGUGCCCACACAGCAAUCGGGCACAGGCGGAGCGACAAGUCCGCCAGUCACGCAUAAAAUUCGCAAAUUGCACAAGAAGAAAAUCAACGAGGUGAUACGUAAAAGCGUCGACAAGAGCCUGGGCGUGGUCAGGCCGGUGAAGAAUCAUCGCAGUCUCGCCGAGGCCGAACAUCUGCAGGGCCGGCCCACAGAUGUCGACGAUGCGGACGAUGAUGAGACCGCGGCGGCACUCGAUGAAGUAAUGCAAUUGGCGGAUGAGAUUGAUUUGGAGAACUCAUUAGUGUCAGCCUACCAGAAUGUGGUUGCCGAUGUGCCAGCUCAGUCCAUGCUGCUGGCCACCGAGGCAACGGGACUCGGCAUUGACAUCGACACUGAACCCACAGCAACCAGAAUGCGUGGGCAGAAGCGGAGUGACAGCGACAGCAUCACAGCUCGACAAUUUGUACGCGGUGUCAACGGUGAUGAUGCCAAUUACGAGGAUAGCGAUGAGGAUGAUGAGCUGCUGCUGUCAACAACUACUGCUACGCAAAUCGCAACAUUCGCGCCUCGUCCGGCUGCGUGGCAGCUGCAGCAGCAAACUCGCAAUGUGGCCAGAACACGUCUGCUGCCAGUUAUGCAGAGCAACAGCAGCACUACAACUGCCAGCAGCAAAAACAUUGCGGAUGUCUCAUUGAGAACACCUGUUCUUAAUGUUAAUGCGCCAGUUCAUAGCGGAGACAGUUCACUCGAUUACCGCCUCGAUAAAAUAGACUCUCGCAACGAUGUCAGCAAUGUGGACGACGACGAAGAUGACGAUGAUGUGGAUGCAGAUGGCGAUGAAGAUUCGGAUAUAGAUGCAGAUUCAGCUGCAGAUUCGCAGGCGGAUGAAGAUGUAACCGAGACGGAAACAAGCAAUGCCGACAAUAGCACAGACUUUGCCAUUGGCCAGUGGCCAGCAGAGUCGGAGUCGGAGCCAGAGGCGAAGGCACGCUCGCAGGCCAGCACAAGCGAGGGCAUUGAGAUGAAACAGAUCAACUUUAACUAUGAGUCCGAAGCGGAAGCUGAAGCGGAAGUGGAGAACGAUGCCGUGCAGGACACAUCCGAGGUGACCAUGGACGAUGGCUAUCCGCCGGAGGUGCUAAUCGAUGACAACAGCAAGCAGCUGGUGAUUGGCGAUGUCGAGAGCGAUGCCGAUGGCGACGAUAGCGUUGAUUCCAAUCAAAUAACAGCCGAUGUGAUUAAUGCGCGCGAUAGCAAAAUUGACUUGGUAUCCAAGUUUCUGCAAUACAUUGAACAGCAGCAUUUGAUGGGCUCGAACUGUGUGGCCGGGACUUCGCUCAAUCUGGGCGAGGGUGUUGUUGACCGCUAUGCCCAGGAUCGAUUUCGUGUCGAGGCCGAGGUGGCCGUCAAUCGGGCCAAUAUGUUGACCAGAAUCUUCAAGACAACAGCGCAUUCGGUGCAGGAGGAUGUCAAUUUGCUGCACGCCUCGGUAUUAUCCAUGGUGGAGUUCGACGAUGAUAUAUUCGCCGCCGGGAAUUGUUUCGAUUGGAAUGAACAUCCAUCGCAACCGGGACUCUUUUGUCCAUUCGCAUAUCGGUUGCCGCCACCCAAUCUGGGCGCCAUAUUCGCCAAGGAUCUGGCCAUGGAGUAUCAUUACCUGGGCAACACAUCCGAAUGGUUCUUUCUGGCGCGCAAAAAUGCCGAGAAAGUGAUAGCACGGAACGAGCAGUACCUGAAAUCUUUCCAUUUGUACUCAAACCGCACCGAGGAGCGCAUCGAAGUCGACACACUGGCAGUUAAGUACGAGGAUGGCAGAUGGUCGAAACCGUAUUACGACUGCGGUGGCGGAAAUAUAUGGAUGCUAACGUAUACGGUGCCUUUCUUUGGCUACGAGAAUGGCAGCUAUCACUUCAAAGGCACAUCUGGCAUCGAUAUUGACUUGCGGCGCGUGGACAUCGACCAGUGCCCGCAGCGUCAUACGCCGGGCACAAAGCGACCGCUGAACAUCUUUGCCGGCACCGACAAGUGCAAGCAGCGCACCACCAUGUGUGAAGCCAUUAUGGGACUUGGCUUUCGUCGUGGCUCCUACAAAUGCCUGUGCCGCAAGGGCUUUUACUUUCCGGAUGUUGUAUCGCAACACAAGUUCUUCAACGGCAGCCUGCUAGAGGAGGAGUACGAAAAGUUGAUGCUGGGUAAGAACUCCACGUACAACAGCAACAGCGAGUACGAGUGCCUUCCCUGCGCCGAGGGCUGUGACUCCUGUGAGGAUGCCUCGCCGUGCAUUGCGGCCCUCAAUUGGCCCAUGCGCACCAGCAUUCUGGCAUUGGCCUGCAUUGUCAUUGGUCUGCUGCCCCCAGCCGCCUGGUUCACAUUCCGCUAUCAACAAGUCAAGGUUGUUCGUGCCGCCAGCCCAGCUUUGCUGCGGGUCAUUGCACUUGGGGCGUUCUUCAUCUACUGCACGAACAUUGUGAUGUAUCCGAAUCCAAAUCUGUAUACAUGCACCGCUCGCAUUUGGCUGCGCGAAAUUGGAUUCUCUCUGACCUACGGUGCACUCAUGCUGAAGACCUGGCGCAUUUCGGUGAUAUUCAGAGUGCGCUCGGCAAAAGCUGUCAAAAUCACAGAUGCGGCUCUACUCAAGCGUUUGGGCAUCAUCUGUGGAGCCAUCGGUACUUGUUUGUUGGUGCGGACCUUGGUAUCGCCACCGGAUGUCGUUGUUGGACGCACCGCCGAUGAUCUCAAAGCGUUUCUAUGCAAAACCGAUUGGUGGGACUACACAUUCACCUCGAUGGAGGUAUUAUUCUUGGCUUGGGGCGUGCGACUCUGCAUCAUGGUGAGAAAGGCGCCCUCCGAGUUCAACGAGAGCCGCUUCAUAUCAAUGGCCAUCUACAAUGAGUUCCUGCUCACCUGUUUCCUCAACGUGUCCAUGCUCUUUCUGCAGUCGCCAGCCAAUCCAGAUCUGCUCUACAUCAUAUUCUUCUGCCACACACAGCUGACGGUGACGCUGCUUCUCGCCCUUAUCUUUGGCAGCAAGGUUUAUAUUGUGCUGCGUAGUGGGAAGUCGCAUCAGGAGAACAUCGGCCUGGGGGCAAAGGCAUCGGGAGCCAAAUUCAAUUUUCGCCCGCAGGUGCGCACCUUUGCCCAUCCCAGUUCGGUGACAACAUCGACGGCGCCUGCAGCUGGCACCACCUCGGCAGCAUACAUUUCCUUUGCAGAGAAUAAACUGUCCGACCAAGAAGCACUCGAAGAGAUACGCCAGCUGAGCAUGCAACUGAAACGCAUACAGGAAAUGGCACCGCCCAAAGGUGUUGCCGUGAUGACCAUUUCGAGUCUGUUGGAUGGCCUUAAGACACCCGGUGGCAUGAUGGUGGUGGCUGCCGCAGCGACACAUGCAGCCAGCGCGGGGCAUGCGGCAGGUGGUGCAGGUGCCACACGGCAAAGUGCGUUGCCAUUGCUGGCACUUAACGCCGAGAUGCAGAAAUACAAUCAACAGCUGCAGCAGAACAACAACGCGAACAAUGCGAAUGGUCGAGCUGCUUCAGUUACUGCUGCCUCACGUGGCAGCAUUCCCACCAUGGUGCUGGAGACGCCACCCUCAUCGGCAACGCCAACGCCCACCACUGCCUACGAGGAGCGCGCCAUCAACACAGAGCUGAGCGGCGAUGAUUUUCGCGAGCAGCUGCUGCGUCGCACCGCCGAUGGGCACAUCAUCUGCAGUCGGUGCCUCGAUGCGUCCAAGGAGCACUACUACUGCUGUCCGCCGCGCAGCACCUGCGAGCAGCUGGGCUCGCCCCAGCAGGAGGGCAGCUUGAGUUUUGCGAACAUCAAGCUUGACUGCAUGUGCUCGCAGUCAGAGGAUCUGGACCAGACGCCGCAGCAGCAGCGUCAGCGACGCCCCACAGUACGCACGGCUGCCACAAAUACGCCACCGGCGAGCUGUAAACGCGGUGCACGCAAUUUACUGGAGGCCGAGGUCAGCAUUUCGUAUCAAAUUUGUGAUAAUUGUAGAAGUAAGUAUAAGCUUAGCGACAGCAAGCCAACCGAUGUGGCGACCACAGUUGGCCGUCGACGAAGCGGCAGUUGCACUCAGACCGCGACACAGUCGCUGCCCAGCCAGGCAAGAAGUAGCGAGCUGUUGCAAGAACACACAGAUGCCACUACUGCUGCAGCUAAAGUGGCACGCUCCACAGAUGACUUAGCGCUCUAUACGCAGAGCACAGCAAGGCAAGCGACGGAUGAGGCGGCGGCGGCAACUGCUGAUGUUGGUGCUGGGGCUGAGGCACAGGCUGUGUCGCUGGGCAAUGUGUCCAACACAUCGAAUAAUUCCACUAGCCAAACGGAUAAGACAGCAAGUAGCAGCGGGGGCGGGGCGGGGCGUGCCAAGCGACCCGAUAAGUUGGUGCUCGAUCUGAACGAUCGCUCGAAGUACACGAAGGAGGUUUCUGUAUAGAUCGAUAAAGAUAAAAGUGUUAAAGUGUUAGCAAAAAAAGAUAUAUAUGUAUACACAGAUAAUGAUACGGAUUUGUUUAAUGUUAUGCAAAGUGACUCGUCAAAAUAACAAAAGACUUUAUCAACAAAAUGUAUUUGUAUUAUUGUAUUAAACAAAAACAGAAAAGAAAAAACAAUAAGGCAACAAUAAGUUCAGCGAGGCGAUUAAAACGCCUGAUUACAGCGAAAUCGAAAAGCCGUUUCGUCGAUUUGUGAUUUGCAUUGCUAAAUCGAAAGCCAAAAAACAAGCGAAAUCAUUUGCAACUAUAAUGAGCCCCAUGUUGUGAAUAUUUUGCACUUGGCAAACACAAACAUAAACAAAGCAGCGUACACACGCACACGUAAACACACACACACACACACCCGCACACAAGUAAACAAAGCAAACGUUGCCAUUUUGCUGUAAUUCAUGUGUUUUAUUAACUAGAAAGAGAUAGAGACAAAGAGAGGGAGCGAUGAUAGAUAGAUAGAGAAAGAGCUAUAAUUAACUAAAGCAACUAAUUGAAACCGCCAGCAAACUUAAAGAGCUGCUUUCAUGUAAUUAAUUAAUUAACUCGUAAGUUUGCAGUCUUAAGUGCCCCUAUUGAAAAUGGUCUUAAGUCUAAGCAUAAAAUACUACAUUUGUAUAGGUAAAUAAUUAAUACAAUUAAAUGAUAAUACCUAAGUACUAAUAUUAUUACUCUUAGCUCUAAAAUUGUAAAUUAAACAUAUCUCUGCCAAAAUAAAAAUUUCAUAAAAACUUCAACUAAAACAAAAACAAAAGCAAACAACAGAAAUGCUCGCACUUCCAGAGCUUAGUUAAAUAUGUAGCUACUUAUAAAAAUGUCAAAAAUUCAAAGAAAACUGUGGAAACAACAAACAGAAAAUACAAUUAUUUACAGCUAAAUUACGAAUUAGCUCUGUAGAGAUGGCUGCGUGUUGAAUAAAUGAAAUAUGAUUUAAAGAACUGUAAUUUUCAUUCAAUUUUAUAAAUACUUUAAUAUUUUUAUCACACAGCCAUCUCUAUAAAUCCUUGUUCCACGCAUUUAGUUGAGAACUAAAUAUAUAUUACCGAUAAUUAUAAAUAAAACAUUUUGACAUGCAUUAAAUGUACGAGAGAUGGAAAAUUGUUAUUUAACGAU